AUGGUGCUAACGCCACACCAGGCAAACGAACCCCAGAGUGAAACCACUCGCCCCCGAAAGACAAAGAAAACAAGAGCAAACAUUCUUCUUGCGUCCCUCAACAUGAGAGGAUGCGCAUCACCACAGUUAGGAAACAGCGAGAUCUCCAAAUGGGCAGCUGUCUCACAAGUAGUGAAAGAAAACAAGAUCGGUAUACUAUGCGUCCAAGAAAUGCACCUCACAGCCGAACAUGAGUCCCAAAUAGACAGCAUAUACUCCCGACGCAUCAAAAUCAUCAACUCCAGAGACCUGCACCGCCCAGGAAGCUCCGCAGGGAUCGCCUUCGUCCUAAACAGAGAGAUAGCCAAUACUGUAGACUUAGAGACCAUCGAAAUAAUACCAGGCAGAGCCAUGGUCCUGAAAACGAAAUGGCACAACCAGGAGAACCUGUUAAUACUAAACAUCUACGCCCCAAACAACCACGCGCAACACCCCAAAUUCUGGGGUAAAAUAUCACAAAUAUGGUAUGAGAAAAACUUACCAAGCCCAGAUUUCAUGAUGGGAGACUUCAAUAUAACAGAAGAUAUCCUAGACCGAGCCCCAGCACGACCAGACAACGACAAUGCCACUGAAGCUCUACGAGACCUACGGCACCAACUGAACGUCCAAGACACUUGGAGACUGAACAACCCAACGUCAAGACUCUUCACAUAUAAUAGCAAUACAAACUCACUAUCAAGGCUCGACCGCAUAUAUACGGCACCCUCACAUGAGCGCAACACACACAACUGGGAAUCAUGUACAUCAGCGAUCCCAUUGGACCAUCGAAUGGUCUCAGUAAGAUACGCACCUGUAAAUGCUCCUUAUAUCGGGAAAGGACGAUGGACUUGGCCCACCAGUUUACUGCACGACAAAAAACUUAUCAAAACAAUCAGUACCCUCGGCAAAUUAACACAACAAAAGAUCCUCUACCCCCAAUAUCCAAGGCACGAAACAGAAAACCCCCAAUACUUCUGGGAGUCGUUCAAGAACCAAAUAAGCCAAGAAGCGAGGAAAGCUGCGAAAGAGCACCUAAACAAAAUAAGAUCCCAUAUUGAACGACUUGAAAGCGACCUAGAAAAAACGUUAAAAAAGGACGACAUUGACACAAAUGAAGACACCAGGAGACACAAAGCCUGGAUCGAGUGCAAGAUAAACCACCUAGAAAAUAAAAAAUUCAGACACAAACAGUUAAAAUCUCAGGCGAAAUGGGCCGCAACAGGCGAAACAAUGAAACAACACAUGGAAGAACAGUGCGAGGAAACAAAAAAAGAAAUAAUGAAAGAAAUCCCACAAAAACAAAAACUAACAACGAUAACUCACCCCUUCACGGUCUCCUACGAGAACAUCACAUACAGGAAGCUCUAUACGCUUCGAAAGCGGGGAGCGCAGCAGGCAUAG